CGCACAUCAGCUGACUUUGAUGCUGCUGUCAGCAGACCCCACUAUGAGAAUCAUUAAGCCAUAGAAACUAUAUGUGACAUAGAUUUAUGCAUAUAUAGUUUGCUGGUAACUGUUGUUUUUUCAUAUCCGCUGAGCUGGUGGUCGCAGGCCUGCUGUAACUAUGACAGAGUUCUGGUUAAUCUCGGCACCCGGGGAGAAAACUUGCCAGCAGACAUGGGACAAAAUGAUGAUGGCCACGACACGUACCAACAACCUAUCCACCAACCACAAGUUCAACAUCCCAGACCUGAAGGUGGGUACACUAGAUGUCUUGGUUGGGCUGUCAGAUGAGCUGGCCAAACUAGAUUCCUUUGUUGAGAGUGUGGUGAAGAAGGUGGCUCAGUACAUGGCGGAUGUGCUGGAAGACAGCCGAGACAAAGUACAGGAGAACCUGCUGGCCAAUGGAGUUGAUCUUGUCACCUACAUCACAAGGUUUCAGUGGGACAUGGCAAAAUACCCUAUAAAACAAUCCCUUAAAAACAUCUCUGAAAUCAUCUCCAAGCAAGUAACGCAAAUUGACAAUGACCUGAAGGCCAGGGCAUCAGCCUAUAACAACCUGAAGGGCAACCUGCAGAACCUGGAAAGGAAGAACGCGGGGAGCCUGCUGACUAGGAGCCUUGCAGACAUUGUCAAGAAGGAAGACUUUGUUCUUGACUCGGAGUACCUCAUCACUCUGCUGGUAGUUGUGCCAAAGACAGCAUAUGGUGACUGGCAAAAAACAUAUGAAACCCUCGCUGAGAUGGUGGUGCCUCGAUCUACAAAUCUUCUGUUUGAGGACAAUGAUAGUGGGCUGUUCAGUGUGACUCUCUUCAGGAAAGCCAUCGAUGACUUCAGACACAAGGCCCGAGAGAACAAGUUCACAGUGAGGGACUUCCAGUACAAUGAAGAGGAGAUGAAGGCAGACAAGGAGGAGAUGACACGUCUCUCCACAGAUAAGAAAAAGCAGUUUGGCCCACUUGUCCGAUGGCUGAAAGUGAACUUCAGUGAAGCCUUCAUCGCAUGGAUCCACAUCAAAGCACUAAGGGUUUUUGUGGAGUCUGUUUUAAGGUAUGGUUUGCCAGUGAAUUUCCAGGCCAUGCUCCUACAGCCCAACAAGAAGACAAUGAAGAAGCUGAGGGAAGUGUUAAAUGAGCUUUACAAACAUCUGGACAGCAGUGCGGCUGCCAUCAUUGAUUCGGCAAUGGACAUUCCAGGCUUAAACCUGAGCCAGCAAGAGUAUUAUCCUUACGUCUACUACAAAAUUGAUUGCAACCUGUUGGACUUCAAAGUUUAACACUCAUCUUAUCAUUAUGUUGAGUAAAGAUUAAAUUGUUUUUUCUUGUUAAAAAGAAAUCCUCUCCUCUCCCCAGCCCUGCUCUCCAUCUUCUCACUGUCGGCACUUGCCUCCAUUUGAUUGGCUGGUAAAAGUGUUAUCUGAGGUUCCUCAGAUUUGUAUGCUUAUAUCUUGUCUUUUAAAGGCACAUAUGGACGAGCUUAUGCCACUUUGACAAAGAAGGAACAAAGAUGACCUUAAUUGUUUUUUUGUUUACAGUUGUUUUUAAACAACACCGAUCUCAAGUUUUAUGAUGACAUGAGAAGUACAAUAAAGUCUCUAUGGAUGGAUUUAUUUAAAGAGUUGUGGAUUUACAGUCAUUCCACAUAUGUGUUUGUGCAUAUUGAUAGCUGCCUCCUUCAUAUUUGUCCUCAGAAAUUUGCGUUUACAUGUGGGCAAUAUUGCAACUGUAACCAUGCUCACCACAUCGGGUAAGCGUUUCUGAGAUAGUUGUUCACCUUUGCAGAUAUUGUGGAACAAAGAUGCAAUAUGUGUGUGUGUUGUUGUCUAAUGUUGUGUAUAUUUUGAUGUCAGAAGAUAUAUACAUAUACUACACACACACACACACAUAUAUAUAUGUGUGUGUGUGUGUAUGUAUGAGUAUUGUGCAUUCCGUUGACUGAUGAACGUGAAUAAAUAUCAAGAUGUAUCUGCUUGCCCUCCCUUAUAUUUUGUGAAGUUGUUUUUUUUUUUGCAUUUAGUAUGAAUGUAAUGAGUGGUCCCUCAAC